AUGCUGCCAAUCCGAGCUGUGGUGGUGAUCGCACUUACUGUUUGUCUGACUGCAAACACAUCAGCAGCUUAUCGUUACUGCUGUCGAAGGUACAUGACAGGCAGAUUACCAUGUUCAGCCAUCAAGGGGUACUCAGUCCAGACUGUCACAGAGAUGUGUCCCAUCAAUGCCAUCAUUUUCCACACAAAGAAGGGGAAAGCAUGCGCCAAUCCAGCUCUGAACUGGGUGAUGAACUGUGUCGAUCGCAUAAGGAAUAAAGCGCAGAGGAUCCACCAGCUCAGCAGCCAAUGAUUCCUGACUGUUUUAUAGUGAACGGCGUCUUAUGGAACCUGCUGCAAAUGACAAAUAUGCUGCAGAUAUCAACUCAGUUUUAAAAGCUUGUGUAAUAUUAAA